GGACGAUAGAAGCAAAAAUUCUCAAGAACUUAAAACAUUUUGACAAAUUCAGCAAAUUUAAUUGGAUUUUAUAAUAUUUAAAACUUACAUAAUUCAAUCUAAGCUUUCAAAAUGCAGCGAUUUACAUUUGUUUUGUUAACUCUUGUGCUCACCGUGUACCACCAACAGAUAAACGCCGAAUUUACUGCCCAAGACUGCCGCGAGCUGGGAUUUGUCAAAACGCAACUGUUCUGCUCCUCCUGCAACAGUUUGGGCGAGUACGGCCUCGAGGAGUUGAAGGACCACUGUCGCGAGUGCUGCCAGCAGGACGCCGAAAGUGGCGACAAGCUCAAGGUUUACCCGAAGGCCGUCCUCGAGGUGUGCACGUGCAAGUUUGGCGCGUACCCGCAGAUUCAGGCCUUCAUCAAAAGUGACCGGCCGCUCAAGUUUCCGAAUCUGACCAUCAAGUACGUGCGCGGCCUCGAUCCGAUUGUGAAGCUGAUGGACGAAAGGGGCACCGUGAAGGAGACGCUUUCGAUCACCAAGUGGAACACCGACACCGUGCAGGAGUUUUUCGAAACGCGUCUCACCAAGAUGACGGACGACGAUGACUAUCUGAGGACGAACAGGGUUUAGAGUAGAAGAAGUGCGUGUGUGUGAGUGGAUUUAUUUUGUAAGAAAAUUUUGGAGUCCCAAUAAAAGAGCAUUCCUUACCUGA